GGGAAGUGGCGAUUCAAUAAGCCAGAAACCUCUGUAUCGCCGCUCAAAUUUCUUCCUGAGUUCCGGUUAUUGAAUCGCAGGUUCCGAAUUAGAGACUCCAAAUCCGCUAAGAGGUGUUUAGCAGGGGGAGAUUGAUUGGCGGCUAGGUCAUCAAAUGUCGGAGAGUUUAUUUGGUUUUUGCCGGUCAUGAGUUUACAUGUUGUAUAUGUCUUUAAUGUUUUUAUUUUUUUUGGAUGGAUUUUACAUUUAGCUUUCCUUUUCACCUAAUGUUGUUUUUUUUUCAGGCCUAUCAGCGUGGCCAAGUCUUGGUAAGUGUCGCUUCUGUUUUCUCCUCUUCUGGGUUGAAUUCCAAUUUGGUGCUCCAUAGUUCUGCCGCUCGGGAAUCCUUUUCGUGGUAGGACUGGACUUUGCCAUGCUUCAUAUUUCAACCUUUGUAAUUGAAUGUAUGAAGUUCAUGUUUUUCGAAUAGGAGGCUGAGAAGAAGAUAAACUGAGGAAAAAGUGGAGUUGGACUGUUCUAUUGAGGGGUCAAGAGCUUUGCUAUGAGGAGAGAGUUCAACAAAAAAGCAUUGAAAAAUAGGCUACAGAUUCAUCAAAGUUCGCUGAAGCUCUCUAAGCUUGCUAAAUUAGGCACGUAGGAUUAAUGACGACAACAAUGAAGGUGGUUUUAGAGAUAAACAAAGUGACAUGCCAACAUCCAAAGAAAUUCCCACAGUUAUAGCAUGUGGUUCAAGAGAUUCAGAAGAUUCGUCGGGCUCAUCCAUUGUUUGUCUCAAGGAAUUCUGGAUAAAGCACGAGAAGAAAGUUUAUGUUACCUUUGGAGUUAUAAGUAAUGAGUUUCUAUUGUAUAAGCUAUAUGAUGGGAACAUGCAACGAAUAUCUGAACUAGAAAAGAAACCCGAGGCGGAAAAGAAAAUUGAUGAACGGGUUAGUGCCCAGUUCAGCUUUUAAUUCUUUUUUUUAGAAAAAAUCAUAUCCUAUAUUCACUUGAGUUUGCUAGGUUCCAUUACAGGAAAGCAAUUAUUAACUUAGCAUUAUAUUCCGUCGGUGUCAUGACAUAAGAUUGUCUAUUAGUGCUCCCUCUAGGUGGUUGUAUAAUCUUUGGUCUUAGAAAUUAUGUGUAGGUUCAAAAACGCUAUUAGUCUCAUGACUUAGUUACACACUCAAUGAUCAAAAUAGAGAAGACGACAACCUUUCUUGAGAACAUAAGUCGCCUACUCCCAACCAAUUAGAAUAUUGCCCCCGCCUAGGUAAGUUUUAGGAUUCUUUUCACCUCCAUAGACUGUUUGGUCGAAACGUUCCUAAAUAGAGCAUUUAAGAUAACAAACAAAGACAUUAAAUGGAUAAAAUAAAGGCUGUCUUAGGAU